UCACCAUCGAGCAGAAUCGUUCUAUGUAACCAGGCUUGAAGAAGUACAACUAUCAGCAGCGGAGUAAUACCGCCGAAACUGUCCAAUCCGCCCGAGAGGAUUCGGCGCCAUUGCGCUUUGUCUUGAACCCAAUCCCGAACGCGCAACGGCUGAAAGCUUUCUUGUCUACAUUGUGCGAGCGAAGGACAGACAUAUUACCCUUCGAUAUAUUAAACCAAUGCCGAAAUAUUGAAUUCAUCGCCUGCGACGCGCGCGUCAGCGAAUAUUAGCCUUGCGAUCCGCCAUUCUUCUCGUUCGGCAAAGAAUUGCGAGAGUAAUCCGGGAGCACCGCAAACAUGUUCAAACAUGACCACGACAAGCCUGAGCGACACGGUAAUGGCGACGAUGAUCAGCCAGCGCAGCGGUCCCGAGAUGUUCAGUCCGGCGAAAAGAAGCCAUCCAGGCUCAAGCAGCUAUGGACGAAACUCGACCUCGACCUCAUGACAGUCCUGUUGAUGUUCAAAGCUAGUCUGCCUCCCAUCAUCGCGAUCGCCGCAUAUCAAGCGCCUGCGUUUGCAGCUCACUUCGGGACACUGGGGUAUCUCGUGGCAAUAACUUCAAUAUUGGGUUUUUGUAUCAUGCCACGAGGCAAGUUCGUGCAAACCAUGUUCCUCAACAUUAUAACCAUCUGUCUGGCCGCGGCAGUCAACCUGUUGGCGUUGUAUUGCGCAACCGAAGCUCGCAGGCACACAGCACUGCCAGGGACAUCUCCGAUUGCGUACAAUUCUUCGGCGAGUGCGGUAUUGGCCAUCUGGUUGUUGUUCCAAACAUAUCUCAUCAAUUGCCUACGUGCUGCUCGACCUCAAUUCCAGUUCCCGGCAAUCCUGUACUCGAUCUUUGUCAGUGUUGCUAUGACGUAUGGAACUCAAUUCCCAAACAUGACCUAUUCCAUCAGCUUCAUGAAAAUGCUGCUGGAGGCGUUUCUUGCUGGCUUCGCAAUCGCUACUGGUGUAAGCCUUUUCAUAAUCCCGGUGAGCUCUCGGCAGGUUGUCCUCAAGGAGAUGACAGGAUACAUGAUGUGCCUGGGAGGGCUGCUUCAAGCACAAACUUCAUACAUGCAAAGCUUGGAGAAGUACGAUCCUAGAGAUGUGGCCAAGAAAUCGGAGAGUACCAAUUCGAAUUCCAAGAGUGGCAGGACCGAAGAUGCAACGAAUUCACCAUUCCUGACGGCACAGGCUCAGAAGGUUCAGGAAAUGCUGCAAAAAACGUUUGAGCUGCACACCAAACUGCCCGGCGAUCUUGAGUUUGCCAAACGUGAAAUCGUUUUUGGCAAGCUCAGUGCAGGAGACCUCAAGCAAAUCUGGAAGCAACUUCAACUUAUAAUGAUUCCCAUCGCUGGUCUAACGACAAUCAUCGACAUCCUACGUAGAAUUAGUGGGCGUCAAAAUGCGAAAAACACACAAGUGGCUGGCGAGAAAGUCGACUCGCAAUCUGGUCAUAUUGAAACCGUCCAUAGUCUGAUGUCCGCUCUACACGAGCCUUUCGAAAGCAUGACGAAAUUGAUCAACGCAGCUUUCCAGCACAUUUUGCUCACAUUGGAUUUGAUUAAGGCUCCGAAGAAAAAGACACAAGACGAAGAGAGCCAGGGGGAUGCACCGAAGCCAGGAAGUGCGGCAUUUGUCGAGCACUACAGGAAGAAACUUGAUAAUUUUCACGAAUCGAGAAAGCGGACCAUUUUGGAUUGGUGUAGCGAACAUCAAAUCGAGCUACCUGCAGACUUUUUCGAGGCUGAUUUUGCAAGCUCAGAGGCAUCGGGGACUGUACCGGCCGUGUCCGGUGAGAAUUUUCGACAAGAGUUGUUCUUCAUGCUCUACCUGGAGUACUUGUUAUGGAGGGCAGGCUCGGCGACAUUAGAAUUCAUGCUGUGGACCGAAGAGAAAAAGCAGAAUGGCACACUUAGAAAAGCAAGACUGAUCUUUCCGGCGGUCAAAGUCCUCCGAAAAUGGCUUGUCUCCGCUUUUGGUCGCGAGGACUCAUCAGAGGAAGACCAUUACACUGCGGACUUGGACUCGGGUAGAACAGAAGCGCUCGACCUUGGCGCAUCGUUUUCGCGACGAAGAGAUCCUGAGCACCUUCCGCCGAGAAACGCAUGGGAGAAGUUUGGAAACCUCGUUCGUCAGAUUCCCCGUGGUCUACGAAGUGAUGCGUCUGCCUUUGGUCUGCGCGUUGCAGCGGCGACGAUGAGCAUUGCGAUCGUGUGUUUCCUGCAGGACACGCAAACUUUCUUCCUAAAGAAUAGACUGCUCUGGGCAAUGAUCAUGGUUUCGAUCAGCAUGUCUCGAACGGCUGGUCAAAGUAUAUUCAACUUUCUACUACGAAUCCUCGGUACUGUCAUCGCAAUGGUCGGAUCUUUCAUCAUUUGGUAUAUCGUUGACGGAAAGACCGCUGGUGUCAUCGUCUUCUUGUGGCUAUGGAUUUUCCUAGCAUUCUACGUCGUUCUGAAGAUGCCGAAAUUGAUCGUCGUCGGAAUUCUCAGCCUUGUCACAGCGAUUCUCAUCAUCGGCUAUGAGCUCGAAGUUGAAGUUCUCGGCAGGGACCAGAUUGAGUCCAACGGUCAGCCAGCAUAUCCCGUCUAUCUGCUUGCUCCUUAUCGCCUGGCAACCGUCACCGGAGGUCUCGCCCUGGCAUUCAUCUGGACCAUCUUUCCCUAUCCGAUUUCGGAAAGCACCGAAUUGCGCAAGGACAUCGGUGCCUCCUUGUAUCUUAUGGCUAAUUUUUACUCGAUUCUCCACGAGACGGUCAAAUCACGAGUACACCAGAAUGCCGGCGACCCUGAGACCAAAGGCACCCGAGCAUAUCAUCUCGAAAAAGCUCGCACGAAAGUCUUUACGAAGUUGGUGCUGCUGACCACGACCCUGAAGAUGAAUUCAGCAUUUUCAAAAUUCCAAAUUACGCUUGGUGGAAAAUUCCCUCGCGAGGAAUAUGAAGGCCUCAUCGAGAAUAUUCAAAAUCUCCUCAGAUACUGCUCGCUCCUUUCCUAUGCAUCCGCGACCUUCUCCCACCACACCAGUGCCCCCACCGACCAAUGGGGCGUCGACUUCCGCCAACUCAUCUCCGCCAACGAACCUACCUCUCACGAACUCACCAUGCUCCUCAGCUUAUUAUCCUCAGCACUACUCCACGGCCGUCCACUGCCGCCAUACCUCACUCCGCCGACAACAGGCCGGUACCUCCAACGCCUCAACGCCAUCGACCGCGAGAUUCUAAGCAAUCGGCAUAUUGCGGAGCCCGAGUAUAGCGCGUUCGCGGUGAUGCAGAUCUGCGCGCGUUGCAUGCAGGAUGAUAUGAGGAAGAUCCAGAAGCAUGUCACGACCUUGGUUGGCGAGAUUGAUUUUUCGUUUCAUGCUGUGAGCUCCGAGAGGGGCAGUGAAGAAACGUUGACGACGGCGGAGAAGAAGACGGGACGGCAGUCGGAUAGUGAAUGAUUUUAAUUGGACUGGAGACAUUCAAUCAUCUAACGAAUCUUUAUCAGAAGCAUUGUGUUUGAUAUAUUUCCGUAGCGAUAGAGUUGUGAUUGUUCUUGUGACUUUAUGAUUCUCACUCGAAAUGGUCUCCAAAUGCCCGUGAAAUGGCAAUGGAGACGGAGCUGUAGGUGAUGAUACGAUUGUGUCCACCGAACCUUACAAUCUCGAACCUCACCCUCGGUCUUCCUGGCCUAUUCACAUCCAAGACCCCUGCACCUUUGCCGCCAUCAAUACACUCCUCCGCCUCAAUCUCCUCCUUCCUCACCU